UCCGACUUGAUUCAAGUCCAAUAAUAGGCCUAGUAAAAAACCACUGAGUAGGAGAGAUCAGUGGUUAAAAACUCGCGCGUUGUUUAUGACGGGCCACGUCGUAGUCUUUAUCAAGUCGGAUUUUCCCCCGAGAGUGUUGUUUGAAGUAACAAUUUCCCCUCGAACCGAGACUAGGUCAUCCUGCGCCGUUGCUACACACGCCGCGUACUUGCUAAAAACAGUAAUGGCAGCCGAGAGUUCUGAGCGAUGCCUAACCCUGCAAGUUUUCCACUAUAGGAAUCCUUUCUUUUAAAGGAAGUUGUCCAAGUGGGAGUUUCUCACAAAUUAACCUGUGUUCCGCCAAGCUGAGGAUACUAAAUGGCAUCAUUGAAGGGAGUAAAUCCUGAGGUUCGGAAGUACCUCCGUCGUCACAAAGUACCAGACGUGUACGAGGCCAUCUUGACUGGGCUGGCUGUGCUGUGCCCAGAGGACCCCAUGGCGUACAUCAUCGACAAGAUGAAGGAGCUGAUGAGAAUGAGGUUGGAGUCGGUCCACGGAUUGGACGCGCUCAAAUGGGAUUCGUUGAUCCCGGAGGAGGCUAAGCCCAAGAAGCGAUUGAGUGCUAACUACUUGGAUGCCAUCUUCAUGUUUGACGAAGAAAAUCUGCAGCCUUGGGAAUGGAGGCCUACCCCGGAAAUGUAUCAGAAGGCCUACCAGAGCUACAAUAACAAGCUGGUGACAAUGACAUUCGGUGCCUGGCUCCUGUACCACGAGAGGAAGAAGCGGCGGCGGCUGAUGAUGGCCCGCAAGAUGGUGCAGGCAGCCGAGUACUACGACCUGCGCCGGCAGCGGGUGCACCUGCAGCACUGGGUCAAGUGGUUCCGCUUCCGACGAGAGCGACAAGAGAGUGCAUAUAACAUCAUCAUAAACGUGUACAACAUGUCGCUGUCUCGUCUCGUCUUUGAAGCGUGGCACAACGUGAUGCUGGAGGCAAGGCGCACUAGGGAGUACUUUGAGAGGUUAGAACGAGGGGAAAUGGAUGGCGAGGACGAGACCCUGUUUCCGAGAGGCGAAGCAAGGGAUGACAUCUCCCUCCUUCCCAGGAAACUUGCCAUCAAGAUUUUCAGCUAUCUUGACCUGGCUGACGUUAGCCGGUGCGCUCAAGUGUGUCGGCAGUGGAAAAUGAUCACAGGCACCAGCUCCUUGUGGAGCAGGGUCAAUUUGUCCUCCAUCAAGAACAGAGUGACUGAUCGCUUUGUAUGCAAGCUCCUUCAGACUUGUAGGCCCUACCUGCUUCACCUCAACCUGCGGGGGUGCAGCCGACUGACCAAGCCAAGCUAUGUCGCUAUAGGUGAGACAUUUAGGGUUCAGGACCUGAACCUGUCGGAGUGCGAUGGAGUCAACGACGACGUGAUGAAGGACAUAGCGGAAGGCUGCCAGAUACUGCUGUACCUGAACAUCUCGCACACCAACAUCACCGAUGCAACACUCAGGCUGCUAGGAAGGUGUUCCCGCAACCUGCAGUACAUGAGUCUGGCCUACUGCCGUCGCUUCAGCGACAAGGGCCUGCAGUACCUGGCCAAUGGUAGGGGCUGCCGUAAGCUCAUCUAUCUGGAUCUGUCUGGCUGUCCACAGAUCACGGUGACCGGCUACAAGAACAUCGCCAACGGCUGCUCCAACAUUCAGUCGCUCUGCGUCAACGACUGCCCCACCCUCAAGGACGACAGCAUCCUGGCCAUUGCCGCCAAGUGCCACAACAUUCGCAGCAUCUCCUUCCUGUCCUCCCCCAACAUCACCGACGCCUCCUUCAAGGCCAUCGCGCAGCACCGCCGACUGCAGAAGAUACGCGUUGAAGGAAUGUCCAAGCUGAGCGAUGCAUCCUUCAAGUACAUUGGUCGGUACUGCUCCGACCUGAGACAUGUCUAUGUGGUGGACUGCCCCCGCGUAACCGACGCCAGCCUAAAGUCGUUGGCACAGUGCCGCAACAUCAACGUGCUAAAUGUGGCAGAUUGCAUCAGGAUCAGUGAUAACGGGGUGCGUAGCCUGGUGGAGGGACCCUCAGGACCCAAGAUCCGAGAGAUGAACCUGACCAACUGUGUACGAGUCAGCGACGUAUCCAUCCUGAAAAUCAUGCAGAAGUGCUAUAGUCUGGUGUACGGCACCUUCUGCUUCAGUGAACACAUCACAGACGGCGGGGCCGAGAUGCUUGGCAACCUGCCAGCCCUGUCAUCCCUGGACGUGUCUGGAUGCAGCAUCACUGACACUGGUCUGGGAGCCUUGGGCAACAACCCCCACCUGCGGGAUGUGACGCUGUCGGAGUGCUACCAGAUCACCGACCUCGGGGUGCAGAAGUUCGCCCAGCAGUGCAAGGACCUUGAACGACUGGACCUGUCCCACUGCACCCAGCUGACGGACGGAGCCAUCAAGAACCUGGCCUUUUGCUGCCGGAGGCUGACCGUGCUCAACAUAGCUGGCUGCAAACAUUUGACGGAUCUGAGCAUCCAGUACCUGUCCGGGGUCUGUCACUACCUCAUCAGCUUGGACAUCUCGGGCUGCGUCAACGUCAGCGACAAGUCCAUCCGGUACCUGCGUAAGGGCUGCAAGCGGUUGCGGGUCCUCCUCAUGCUAUACUGCAAGCACAUAUCCAAGGCAUCCUACGCCAAGCUGGCCGCCAAAAUCGAAACGGUCAGUUGGAGCGACGACCCGAUACCCAGCAGCUUCGGUCCCGGCUUCGACUACCUGGCAGCCCUGCAGAAGGCGGAAGCCGACAAGAAGAAGAAGGAAAAGGAAAGAGAGAAGGAGAAAGGAAAAGAGAAAGCCAAAGAGAACGAGGAGGCAGACCUGAACGAGAGGAGCAAAGACGAGGAUAAGACGUCAUCGCUUCAGGACAAGAUGAGCAGGAUCUUUGAGUCCCAGCCCAAGGUGUCGGAGGCAGACUUAAAGGAGUAUGAGGCCAGCAUCAAGAUUUCUUACUCCACCACGGAUGCGGACGGCAAGAAGAAUGCGGAAGGCGAGAAAUCUGUUGGUGGGGAGGAAUUUGAAGAUAGGGUGACGCCCGAUGCUGAGACACCUGAAGAGGGCGUGCAUGAUCCGGCCCAAAAUGGCACAGGUGAUAGGGUUACUGAUCUGCCCACUGCAGAUGAGCAAACUCCACCCACCGAUCAAUGAAGUUGGCACUCUCAAGACGACCAGUUGCAACAUGCUACGUUGGUGUGUAGGAACUAGACACGGGUCUUAAUGUUGUACUCCAUUAUGUUUAUAUACAUGUAGAUUAAAACAGAAACAUUGACACAGGCUGUGGCUUCAAAUAGCACAUUUGCUUAUGGAAUCCACUUGCCACAGCCAGUAGAUUUUCACAUGGCCAGGUUCCUCAAUACAAUUUGUACUUGCCAUGAGUGACUGUUGUCAUCCCUGACUUGGUUCCAGUGUUCAUGUUUUUGCAUUGAUUUCUGUACUGGUCAAAACUCUGUCAACAUGGGAAAAACUCUCAACUUAAAGAAACCACAAAUGAGGAAAUCCCCCCCAUGAUAUGCAUAUACACUUCUUAUUUCAUUGCAGCGCACUAAUCAUACUUCACAAUUUUCAAAAAAUGGCCCAAUUUGCAGUAGUGAGUCUAAAGUGGUGAUCUUGUAUUAUUGAGAAAUUCUACCCAAACACCUGUUGCGCAUAAGAAGUAACUCUAUUUCUAUUGCAGCAUUUACGUUGUAUUUUAAUCUUUUCAAACUCUGUGUAAGCUCCAAUAUGCAGUAGUAAAUUCGAAGCAACUGAUCUCAUAUCGUGAGACUUUACCCAAACCCCUCUUGAGUAUUUUCCGCAUCACAAUCCCUUCCAUUAUCCUUACACAAAACUCUACACCACCACCAAAACAAGACAUCAAGAAAAAGCACUACGCAAAUCAUCCAAAUACCCUUUGACAUAACCACUUAAAAAGAUAUUUCUAUAUACAGCAAACUAAACAGGACUAUAUUAUGUACAGUGUCAUGUGGCUUGCAAAAGUACAGCACAAUAGCAGCAGUUCUGCUGCAAAAAAGCUAGUUUCCACCUGAAAGAAAAAAACUAGAGGGCUGUAUGAAUUAAUGACUCGUCAUGUGGCAUCCCCUCCUAAUUAUAAAUUACCAUACACAAUCUAUUGUGCAGUAAAAUUCAAUGCGUUAGCCUCAUGUUGAGAAUGGCAAAUGUACACUAAAUACAACUAAGGUAGUACAAACAGUGCUUGUUACUUGCUCCAUAAUGUCAGCGUUGCGUGUGCUAAUCUGAAUGCAAAGCCAGUGGCUAUAUAUAAAGGAUGCCCUCUUAAAUCAGGACAGCUGCAGGCGGCGAACGCUGAGGCUCAGCAAGUGGCACUUCCAUCAAAUGUCACGCAUAACUAAAAGUUAUUAAGCAGAUUUCAGCAGAGUGCCAGCGCCAGGAAUGUUAAUAUAUAUCAGUGACCUAUUUGGCCAGAAACACGGAAAAACUUGCAUACCAAGCAAAUCUGUGCAAAACGCUGCUAAGCAACUUGGAAAGAUUGCUUUAAGAUUUGCAAAGCAUUUUCACGGGUGCCCAAGUUUCAGGCAUCAAUUGCAUUAAUAGAAAAAUUAUAAAAUGUAUACAUACUCAUGAUUUAAAUAAGCACUUCUGAAUAAAUUUCUUUUAAACUGUUCAUAAAAACUGUAAGAUAAAAGCUGUGUUAUAAUUUUGUACAUAAUACAGGCUAUUUGUAAAGAGUUCUUGAAAGUGGAAUGAUGUACGUGCUGUAUAUAGAGCAGAAAAUGACUUGAUUUAUUUAUAUACCUUUCUAGAUGAAAUGCAGUGACUGCUGUUUUGUGAAUAAAUGAACGUCAUGAAAACAUCUUA